AUGAAGAGUCGAUCUAAAGUCAAUAAGGUCAGAUGCCACGAGCUUGAGCUCAGUGAGUUAUUUGCUGGUCUCUUCAAAACAGAAGCUUAUAAAGCGAAUGCGGUCUUGAUUAGCGACGGUGUGCUACAUUCUCCGAAGAAUUCUGUUUAUCUGUCUCCAGGGUUUCAUGCCGUAGCGACAAGUCAGAGCUUAGUGCUGUAA